ACAGUUUGUUUAAUGUAAUUUAUGCGGACUGGAGACUGAUUUCUAUAAAUAAUUUCUUUAAUAAAAAUUAUAUAGCCGAAACAUCUUCGUGAUACCUCGUGUGUGAUGAUCCUGCGAAGCGAAUCCGAUACGUGCGAAAUCAAUGAUUUGCAGAAACUCUUUACUUUGGUGAAGGUGGCUUACGCUAUGCUGAUAAUCAUCCUAUUGCUGAUGAUGUGGGCGUCCGUGGCACGAAUGCACGAGCUGCCGGUCCAAUAUCCGCCGUGUUUCUUCAAUCCACUUUGCACCUGCUCGAAAGCCAUACCGGAUCUCGGCAUAGUGGCGUGUUACAAUGUACCAAUGCCGCGGAUACCGCAACCGAUUAAUUCGUCCAAGGUGUUUAUGCUGCAAUUGGAGAACAACGGACUUAGGUUUCUCCAACCGCAAUAUCUUAUCAACACCGGUCUCUAUAAACUACAGAUCAGACAUAAUCCUCUGGCGGACAUACCAGACGAAGCCUUUCUAGGCCUCGAAAGAUCAUUAUGGGAGCUUGACUUAUCUUACAAUCAACUAGCAAAUGUACCGAGCAGAUCGUUUAGACAUUUGCAAAAAUUGCGACUUCUCGAGCUCACAGGCAACAAGAUAUCUCGCGUCGCACCAGAGAACUGGCGUGGCCUGGAAAACUCUCUGCAGACUCUGCGUCUGGGUCGCAAUGCUAUCGAGAAACUGCCGGCCGACGCUUUCGUCGGUCUCACGUACCUGGAGGUCCUUGAUCUUCGGGAGAACAGCUUGAAGGAGAUCGAUUCGUCGGUGUUCAGGGACGGGAUGGCUCACUUGACGCAUCUCUACCUGAACGAUAAUCAGCUGACGUAUGUGCCGUAUGCCCAACUGUCCCUGCUCAAACGUAUGAAGGUCCUCGAUCUCAGUUACAACAGGAUAUCGAGGAUGCUGCAGGCACUGCAAGAGCCGGAGAUCAGAAGUAUACAGAUGUCCCUGGAUGUGUUGCAACUCGACCACAAUCAGAUUGAGAGCCUCGCGCCCGGUGAUUUCGAGCACUUCUUUAAAGUCAACCGCACGUAUCUCAGCGGCAAUCCUUUGACGAUAAUCGAGGAGGGCGCAUUUAGAAAUUCGCGCAUUCGCGAACUGUACUUGGACGACUGCGAUCUGCUGGAGAUCGACUCUGCCAACUUGGCUGGCUUGGAAUCGUCGCUCGAGUUGUUGGACGUCUCGGGAAACAAUCUAACUACGCUUCCCCAUCGUCUCUUCCAAGAGUUCGACUUUCUGCGUACGCUCAUCUUCCGCGAGAAUCGUAUCGACACGUUUUCGCCGACCGAGGUGUUCAACGGCUUCCAGUAUUCCUUGUACCACUUGGAUCUCAGCGGCAAGCAAAAUGGCAUAAUUUCUCUUCAAGAUCUACGGCAGAUGAGAAAUCUGCGCUCCCUCUCGAUCUCCCGAAUGCCGCAGGCGACUCUAUCGGCGAACGAUUUCCUAGAAUUCGGCAUGGACAUUAAAGAGCUGCGAAUAGUCCAUAGUAAUCUGAACGCCAUCAAGAGCCACACUUUUAUGCACGUUCGUGGGAUCAAGUAUCUCGACUUUUCCGAAAAUUCAAUAUCGACGAUAGACGACGAGGCUUUCUCAGAGGUGGGACAUUCUCUGUUGACGCUAAGAAUAUCUCACGGUCUCUCCUCCUCGAUUUCCGAGAUGCCGAACCGAUCGUUUAAAUCGUUAACGAAUCUGCAGCAUCUCGACUUCAGCAAUAACAAGAUUCGCUCCCUACCGGCUACGUCGUUUCACUUCCUGAAGAGGAUCAAGCGCAUUGAGCUUGAGGAUAAUGAGAUCAACGAUAUCCCAAAAGGUACUUUUCAGGGCGACAUCCAUUCGACACUGGAAGAGAUCAACUUCGCGUUCAAUCAAGUAAAAAGUCUGCAGACCCACACGUUCGUCGAUCUGUCGGUCUUAAUGACGAUCAAUCUGGAGGACAACACUAUUGAGAGGAUCGAGAGGCGGGCUUUCAUGAAUAUGAAACGGCUUAAGUACAUCAACUUGCGCGGCAACAAGAUUAGGGACAUCACCGAUGAAGCCUUUCAGAAUCUGCCGGAUCUCGAGUUCCUCGAUCUCGCGUACAACAAACUCAAUGAAUUCGAUUUCGCUUCUUUUGACCAAGUGGGCACGCUCUCUUCAUUCAGAGUCAACGUUAGCCAUAACGAGAUUUCACGAUUGUGGAUAAACAGCUCCACGUUUACUCCUUCACCUAUCAUUGGCGGCAACGUGCACUCCAACAUCAAAAUUCUAGACCUGAGUCACAACAAUAUCUCCGACAUUAUGAGGUAUUACUUCAAGCCGGUCGAGUACUCGAUCACUCAUCUGUACAUGUCGAGCAAUCAGCUGAGAAACCUCACUCACGGUGUCUUUGGUAACAUGCCACACUUGCAGUGGCUCGACUUGAGGCAUAACGAACUCACGGAGAUGGAUUUCGAUUGCUUCAAAAACACAAAGAACUUGCAGGUGUUACUUCUCUCCUGGAACGAGGUCAUGGACAUUCCGGUGGAGGCUCUGAGACCCUUGAAGAAGCUACGUAUUGUAGAUCUGUCUCACAAUAAGCUGAGGACCCUGCCGGACAACGUGUUCACUGACUCCAACAUAGAGAGCCUCGAUCUGUCGCACAAUCAGUUCACAAGGCUGCCCAUGAAGAGCAUGUCCGCCUCUGCCGCCAUGAGUCUAGACAACUUGGACAUGUCCUGGAACGCCCUGUCAGGCAUCCAUAAUACUGAUGCGAUAUUCAAACUCGGGAGUCUCGUGUGGCUAGAUUUAUCGUACAAUCGACUCGUUCGACUGGACGAGGGCGUAUUUUCCGAUUUACCGCAUUUGGCACAUCUCGACUUGAGCCACAACAAGCAACUCAUCCUAGAAUCGCGCGGAAGAACGUUCUACGGCCUGGAAGACACGCUCCUCUCCCUCAGCUUGAGCAACAUUUCCCUCCUGAGCGUUCCAGAACUGCCCCUGAGACGAUUGCGGAGCUUGUAUCUGGCGCAUAACGAACUGGCGUCGAUACCCGCGGAGAUGUCUUCGAAUCUGACGUCUCUUCAUUAUCUCGAUUUGAGUUUCAACGAUUUAACAGUCGUGCCGUUGAUAACUCACACCUUACCAGAACUGAAGAUCUUCAAUCUCGCGGACAAUCCCAUUACCGCCGUCACGAAUACGAGCUUCCUCGGCCUGGUGGACACCCUCGAGGAGCUGGACAUACGAAGACUCACUCUAUCAGUCUUCGAGGCAGGUGCGCUCUGCAAAGCCAUCAAACUCCGCAAGUUGCACAUCACCGCGUAUAACGGCGUGAAGAACUUCAACUUUCCAAAUAUUCUGAAAUAUAAUCAUGGCCUGAAGCAUUUGCUCAUUGACGUGCAGAACGAUACCAAUCUAGAGACGGAGAUGAGGGGAAAUUUGCCAUACAAAUUGUACAACAUCACGCUAACCGGUAGAGCGCUGAAAAACGUGCACACAGAAAUAUUGCGUGGCGUGCGCAAUCCCCGCCUUCACUUCGGCUUGUACAACACCAGCGUGAUGAACGUGCCGCGAGACGUGUUUAACAAUGCGCAGCGAGUGCGGAACGUAACCGUGGAAGUUCGCCACGGCGGUACGCGGACACUGCAUAAUCCAUCGUCCGGUUACAAACCGGGAGUGCCGGGCAAGCGGUUCCUCAUGAAGCUUCGAUUAGCGGGCAGCCAUUUGAGUUGCGACUGCGAUAUCGGGUGGAUCGAAGCGUGGCAGAGGAAGCAUAGACAGUAUCAGGAAGAUCGGUGCACCUCUUACGACGAAUUCAAUAAUUUCGAGCGCGAAGACGGCGACGAGUUCAAUUGCUGGGACAACGGCUGGGACGACGAUCUCCGGGAGACGUUCUGCUCGGAUAAAAAUAACAUGUCGCUGUCGAACGCGUUGAAAAUCGAACUGGAAUGCGGAUGGGGCGCAGCGAGUCGUAUCGUCCUACCGAACACCCUCGCUCUUCUGCUGUUCCCGAUCGCUCUAGCUGUCGUUUAUUGAGUGUCUCGCUCAGGCGACUUCUCCAUCAUCGUCCAUCGAAUGUUUCGAAUCAACUGACGAAUUUUUUCGUACCGAAUCGUUAUUUAACAUUCGAUUAUCGUGCUCGUUUAUAUUUGAGCCAAUCGAGAGUAACGCGCUUGAAAUUAAACGACUGGAAGGGAUCGAUA